AUGUCGCGCGUCACACAAUCAAGACAGCAGACCGAGGCGAAUGCCAAGAUACUCCGUGCUUUGGUCAAGUCUGCCGAUAACAAGGUCUGCGUCGACUGCAAAAAGAACGACCCACGAUGGGCCAGUUGGAAUCUAGGCUGUUUCCUCUGUAUUCGGUGCUCGGGCAUUCAUCGAUCCAUGGGCACACACAUCUCCAAAGUCAAGAGCAUCGACCUCGACAUCUGGACACCGGAGCAGAUGGACUCGGUACAGAAAUGGGGCAAUCGUCGAUGCAACUUGUACUGGGAAGCGCAUUUGAAAGCUGGUCAUGUCCCUGCGGAUCACAAAAUCGAAUCGUUCAUUAGGAGCAAGUACGAGUCGAGAAGAUGGGCCAAAGAUGGUCCGCCACCGAGCGACCCUAGCGUUUUGGAUGGCGGUGCGGAAGCUGCACCAUCUGCUGUUGCCGCGGCUAGCACCUCUUCGUUGGCAGCUGCCAGAUCAGCUGCGAGUGCCAAUUCGGCAAGUGCGGCCAAGAAGCCCGUUCCGGCAAUAGAUCUGCUCGACGACCCAUCUCCCUCACCAGCACCAGCAGCACCAGCAGCACCGGUAGCGCCAGUAGCAUCAACAACCAAGCAACCUUCAGCAGCAGCAGCCACUGCGCCAACCAAGGCUUCAGUUGGAGGAGGAGGAGGAAUUUUCGAGCUGGACUGGCACGAACCCUCAGCGUCCACACCUGCCACGAGUGCAACCACGAGUGCAACCACGAGUGCAACCACGAGUGCAACCACGAGUGCAACCACGAGUUCAAGCGCCAAGGACAAGAACGACAUCAUGUCGCUGUUUGCUGCGAAACCUGCUGCUGCUUCUUCCGCUCCCGCUCUGCGCGUAUCCGGCAACACCGGAUUCGGAGAGUUUGCAUCCUUGGCCUCGCCAUCUAUUGGCAGUGCUGGUGCUGGUGCUGCGACGGGAAUCGCAGGACUCAACUCGUCGUUUGGCUCGCUGGAUCUUUCUUCGUCCGCGACCCGCGCCUCGAACAGCGCCGCGUUCGUUGGCACUGGCAGCAACCCCUGGUCGUCCAACACUACACCCUCCCAUCCUCCAUCCAAGAACGGUGCCGGAGCGCUGUUUGACACUCAAGACGUCUGGGGCUCAGCUCGCACGUCGGCCACCCUACCAAGCAAGCCCAAGGAUGAUGCGUUCGCUGAUAUCUGGGGCGACUUCAAGUGA